UCUCACCAGCUAGUUUCACUACGCCACCGCUGCCGUGAUGCAUGCCGGUAGUUGUAGUCAUCCGUCCGCGCGCCCGUGUAUUCGUUGCUGCGGCGGGCCGCACCGCAGUGAGAUUUAUUAACUUUCAUUUAUUUUCCGCGAUGGGUGGAUUCACAUGUUGUGUUCCUGGAUGCUUCAACAACAGUUCGAAACGAAAGGGCCUCGGAUUUUACGUGUUCCCGAAAGAGACGAAGCUUCGGCAGCUUUGGCUGCAGCGUAUCAACAGAGCUGGACAGCGUGGCAAGUUCUCAAAGUUCGUGCCCACAACAGGCCACAGAGUUUGCGGCGAACACUUCGAAGGAGGGAAGAAAACGUAUAUGGUUCGGGUACCGACAGUCUUUCCACUUAAGCAAAAAAUUAUAAAGAAGCGUCGACAAAUUCAAGUGAAGCGCACUCUACCUGCCAACCGUGUUGAAGUGCAACAGCCACACAGCGAGGAAACAUCAAAUGAUGAAAACAGCACCGACUUGUGCAGUGCCACUGAGAACACUGCUUGUGAUACAUUCGAAGAACACUCAUAUACAUAUCAUGAGCACAAUGAAAAUGAUCUGCUAAAGAGGCAGCAAGAAUCCAUUCACCAUCUUGAGCAGGAACUAGAAAAAGCUAAAGCAGUAAUUACUGCAUUGAAGAAGGAGUUAGAGGAGAAAACAAAGGCUAAUGCAGAUUCAGCAAGGCUGUAUAACCGCCUUCAGCAAAAGAACAGAUGUUUGGUGCUUGAAAUAUCACGUUUGAGUGGUUGCCUCAGAAAGGCCUCCAAAACAAAAAGAACAGAGUUUGAAUACGAUGUCUUGGCUCAGAACGAAAAGAGACUGCGCUACUAUACUGGAUUCGCAUCACGCCUGCAUUUGGAGGCAUUUUGGUCGCUGUUAGAAGACGACGUGAACAGCCUGCAAUUUUGGAAUAUGAAAGGAACUGCAAAUGAAGACAGAAAGUUUCUGCUGCCGCUCAAGACACAGUUAAUAAUUGUGCUUAUGAGACUUCGGCUGGGACUUGACGGAGCCGACCUUGCAUUCAGGUUUGAUGUGUCGGAGAGCACGGUGUCCCGCCUAUGGGUAACCUGGCUUGACUUCCUACACAACAAGCUACGCCAGGUGCCCACAUGGAUGCCACCAGAUCUGUGUGACAAGUAUCGCCCACAAGCCUUCCUUUCCAAGGGAUUCAACACCGUGGACGGUAUCCUCGACUGCACAGAGAUCUUCAUUGAAACACCGUCAUCUUUUCGCGUUCAAAGUGAGACGUAUUCGUUGUACAAGAAGCACAAUACCGCCAAGGGACUGAUUGUUUGCAGCCCCAACGGAUUUGUGACAUUUGUCUCGGACCUAGCACCUGGCCGUUUGUCGGACAAGGCCUUGACCAAUCACUGUGGAAUCUUAGAUAAAUUCACUCCUGGGCGCAGCAUCAUGGCCGAUAGGGGAUUCACUAUUGCAGAUGAAUGUAAGACACGUUCGUUAGGUCUCAACAUUCCUCCUUUUAUGGGUGGACGGCCGCAGCUGUCAGAAAAAGACGAAGAGGAAACAAGACGAAUCGCAAGCGUGCGAAUACAUGUUGAGAGAGUCAUCAGGAGGGUGAAAACCUUCAGAAUACUAUCACAGAUUUUCCCAAACAGUAUGGCUGAACAACUCAACAAAGUGUGGCAGAUCUGUGCCCUGUUGUCUAACUUCAUUGAUUCACCUUUGCUGAAAACUACACCCAGCUGAACACUAGAAAAACUGCUUUUUGAGAUGGUCAGGAAAAUUUAGACAUUGUCAAAAGUUAAUGCCAAACUCUUGUUUCAGUGGCUCCAUUGUGUGCGUCUCUGCUCCUUGAUCUUCCCGUAAAAAUUUGUACAGCAAAAGCUUGUUGAUUCAUAUCUCACAGGACCGAAAAAAAUAUCCGAAUUGACUAAAUUCUGAAUUAUCGAAAGUAUCAAGAAAAAAAAUUAAGUGUGUGUAAUGUCAAUACACUUCUAUUUUCUUGACGAAUAAGUAAAUCCUGCACUUUUCAUAAGAGCAGUUUAAAAGCAGUAAUUUUCGCCACUUGUGACCUUGUCUACAAUGUAACCGCGGCUCACGACCUUCCUGUCUUCACUAACCCGAAACGUGCUACCUCAAAAUUAACUGGAAACAUUGUUCCCAUACAGUUCACGCUGAUGGCAGUAGUGAUGCAGAUUGCACCACCUCGUUUCGGUUGCCUGCGAACACUGUUGUCGCUCCUUUGCACCACACGAUUGUGGUGCUUCGUGUGGGGUGCGCUUUGAGAAUCGUCCGAAUUAACCGGGUUGCGGCCAAUCAUGACCGAAUUAAGGAGGGUUUGAUUCCAUUAAACAACACUUAUGCUGGCCGGGGCCAGAGAGCGCGCCUGAAUUAUCUGAUUUUACGAAUUAAUGGCUUUCAAAUUAACAAGAUUUUACUGUAUUUAUUAAUAUGCGAGAUUAGCACUCAUGUCCUAACCUCACAUGUUUUCAGUUAGCUAGCACUUUUUCAUUCAGACAUCUGAAUACUUCUGCAUGAUCAAACAAGG